AAUAUUGUCAUGACUUCUUCAAGCAUAUGCUUUUCUGAAGGCUCAUGAACUAAUGAUUCACUCGCUUCAAGACCAAAGGAAAUGGCCACCAACUAUUGGUGAUCCUUUAGUCCUUCCCCCUCUUAGGAGAUUACCAGGUAGACCCAAAAUAAAUAGGCGUAGGGAGGCAAAUGAACCUAUAGGUGGACCUAGUGCUGCUAGAAGGUGUCUAAGUAUGAAAUGCAGCAUAUGCAAAGAGUUUGAGCAUAAUAGAAGGUCAUGUCAACGGGCACCCGUCAAGGGUUCAAAGGUUAAAGGACAAGUUGAUGGUGAAGUGGCUCAACAAUCAACAUCUCAAGGGACCACCAUAACUCAGAAUUGUGAGCCGGCAACCACUGAAAGGGAACAAACUGGGCUUGUCCAAGGCUGUGGGGAAGCAUAAGAUGCUGACUCGAUUGUGUAUUUUGACUAUUGACUGGGUAUUUUUGUGUAAUUUUUGUAUAGUUUGAUUAUGAUCCUAGGGAUAUAAUUUUGUUAAAGCUCAAGUGUAAAGUGACUUCACUGUUGACUGGGUUUUUUUUGUGUACUUUGACUAUUAUCCCAUGGAGCUCAGGUGUAAAGUGACACAAUACUAAUUACAUUUUGAUGAUC